AACAAGAACAGCAAUAUUUCAGUCUGAUUCGAAAAUGAGUGACGUGUUUUGAAGAUUCCAAAUAUAAAUAUUCCUUUGUAAAGUUUAAAAUAAAUACAGACCACCAUGAACUAUAAUGCCAACACAGGACCUCGUCCAACAGCUCUCGGACGAAAAGUGAAAAGAGUCAGCGACGUAAACGCUAUGGGCUACAAUCCUUAUGACAAUCCACAGUUCCAGCAACAACAACAAGGCAUUUAUCCCAAUCUACCAACGGACGUUCAAGCAGGAGCCUUCCAACAAGAUGGAUUUAUUAAUCAGGCAUCAUAUAAUUCACCGAAUUUUACGAAUAUACCCACGGGUCCAAGCCCUAAUAUCAGACAGAACUUCAACGGACCUCCUCAAACACCACAAAAUCUGCCGAACUCUUUCAAUAUGCCUGCGAAUUUAAGUGUUCUAGGACAGCCGGUGGUACAGGAUAUGGCGAUGCAGUACGGACAACAACUAGCAGGGGCUGGUAAGAAUAUAAUAAAACAAGAGAUGGAAAAAUAUGUUCCGGUCAGCAAACUGAAGUACUACUUUGCUGUGGAUACGAAAUAUGUCUUGAAAAAGCUGGUUUUAUUGUUUUUUCCUUUCACCCAUACAGACUGGUCUGUGAAAUACGAACAAGACGGUCCCGUUCAACCAAGAUACGAGAUCAACGCCCCUGAUUUAUACAUACCUUCCAUGGCGUACAUCACUUACAUCCUUGUAGCGGGUUUAGUGCUGGGAAUGCAAGACCGAUUCACGCCAGAACACAUAGGAAUCACGGCUUCUUCAGCCCUAGCCUGGUGCGUAGUGGAACUAGCCAUUUACAGCUGCACCCUGUACAUAAUCCAAGUUGAAACCAGCCUAAAAACGCUAGACUUACUGGCCUACGCAGGCUACAAGUUUGUAGGGACGAUAGUCAGUAUUUUGGUCAGUGUAAUUGGGGGGAAAAUAGGAUUUUAUAUGGCUCUGAUUUACACUAACUUGGCGCUGGCAUUUUUCCUGGUGAGAAGCUUGAAAGUGCAGGUUUUGAGUGAAAACGGGGCUCAGGAUCAGUCCUAUUACAGUGCGGGAGGGGUGGCAACAGCUGGUCAUAAAAGGAGGCUGUAUUUUCUGUUGUUUGUGGCGGCUAUGCAGCCUAUUUUGUCGUGGUGGCUGUCUUUUCAUUUAAUACCAUCGCCUGUAGUGCCAAUAGCAGCAAGUAGUGUUUAAAAAAUGCAUUUUUUUGGGAGGACUCUGUAUCGGAAGGGAUUUAGGUGUUUUGAUCUGUUUGUAAAAUGCUUCUGUAACACUGUAAGACUAUUGUAAAAGUUGUUGAUUAACAAAAGAGUAAUACUUAAAAAAAAACUGAUUUUUUAUGAAAAUGAAAAAUAGAUAAAUAAAUUGUAUUUAUAUUUUU